AUGGAGUCCGACGUCCUGGGCGGUGUGUACGAGCCCUUUUGGGAAAAGCUACCAUUCACCGACAUUCACCUCGCUAUCACUCCCGACAUCCUCCACCAGCUCUAUCAGGGUGUCUUCAAACACCUUGUCUCGUGGUGUCGUCUCUGCGUCUCGCCAGAGGAGCUUGACCGGCGUAUUCGCACCCUCCCGCCUGCGUUUGGAGUUCACCACUUCGACAAUGGGUUCUCCGCGCUGUCGCAAGUCACGGGGAAGGUCCGUAAACACAUGGCGAAAAUCCUGCUCGGUUGCUUGGUCGGGCUGAUGCCUCGUGCGGGGAUCCUCGCCUGCAAGGCCAUCCUGGACUUCAUCUACUACGCCCAGUACACCACCCACGACGAUGUCUCCCUCUCGCAGAUGCACGAUGCCCUGGAGAUCUGGCAACAGAACUCCCACCACUUCAUCACGACAAAGUGCCGCGAGGACCUGAAUAUCCCUAAAUUCCAUUCAUUACUUCACUACGUCGACUCUAUUCGCCUCCUCGGAACUACAGACAACUUCAACACCGAGCUAUUCGAGCGCCUGCACAUCGAGUUCGCCAAGCGCGGGUGGCGCGCGUCGAACAAGCGUGACGCGAUGCCGCAAAUGAUCAACUGGCUCGAUAGGCAGGAACGGAUGCUCGGCUGGGAGCGAUACCUGGCCGCAGUGACUCCGAAGGAGGACAAUGGAAGGGACGAUGAUACUGUACGUCCUACUGUGCCCACCAAUCCCCUCGAGCCAGGAAUCUCCAUCGCAAAGCACCCGACAAAGGCGGCGCAGCGAGUCUCCGAUAUUACUCACCUCCACCAUGCUCCCGGCUUCGAGGGUUCCCUCAAAGAAUACCUCGGGGCCAUUAUGCGACCCAAUCCGUCCCCCCCUAUGCGCUCUCGCAAGCAUCCUCUGCCAUUCGAGCGGCUGGAUGUUUUUCAUCAAUUUCAGUUUCACCCCCUCAGUGUAGAUGACGAAGACGACGAGGACGAGACAGUCAAAGCCUCCCCUGAUGGUAAUAGGUUCGACACCGUCCUUGUACUUACUGGAGAUGACAGCGAGUCUACCCAGGUCCAGGGUACGCGUCUAUGCGAAUUUCCUCCAUCUUAUCACUGA